GAGCGGCAGCCGGCGAAGUAGAGUCCCGAUUCUGCUGAAACCCAGGGGCUAGAACGUAAACGAGCCGGACGCAUCCAUAAAGAUAUCCCGCACCGAAUUUCCCCCAAUUUCCGGAGGAGGACGCUGCCGGCUGCCCCACCCCGUCCCCUACCUUCGUAGUUCCUCCCUCUUUUUCUCUCUCUCUCCUUCAUCAGCUUCGCCCUCCACCUCCAUCCUCUUCUUUACUUUAAAGUUACUCCCACUAGCCCCAGCCCCCGCGCCGUCCCAUCACCCCCAAUCCCAGCCUUCUCCUCCUCGACGACACCACACGCCCCCAAAAAAUCCCCCUUCGCCUCGGAUUCCCACGCGGCCCUCGAGUCGCCGGCGCCCGCCGACGCCACAGCGAGGUGGUUCCGUUCAAGGCUUGGGAGGCGGAAGUAGGGAGCGGGAGGAUCCGUUCGCGUCCAGCGCCCGUUGACGCGCCCAUGUCGGGCCACCUCGAUCGCUUCGCGCGGCCAUGUUUUGAAGGGCGCUCAAGUCAUGAUGAAUGCAGAGACCAUAAGUCAGACUUUGAAGUCUCUGAAGACGAAAAGAAGACCAGAAUGGGCUCUUUGAAGAAAAAAGCAAUAGAUGCAUCAACUAAGAUUAGGCAUUCAUUAAAGAAGAACAGGAGGAAGAGUGGUAGCCGGGUCCUUUCUGUGUCUAUUGAGGAUGUGCGUGAUCUAGAGGAGCUGCAAGCUGUUGAAGCAUUUAGACAAGCACUACUCUUGGAUGAGCUGUUGCCUGCAAGACACGAUGACUAUCAUAUGAUGCUGAGAUUUCUAAAAGCAAGGAAAUUUGAUAUCGACAAAGCAAAGCAAAUGUGGAUGGAUAUGCUUCAUUGGCGGAGGGAGUAUGGCACUGAUACGAUUUUGGAGGACUUCGAAUACACUGAGUUGGACGCUGUUUUGCAAUAUUAUCCUCAUGGUUAUCAUGGAGUUGACAAAGAGGGGAGACCCGUUUAUAUUGAAAGGCUUGGAAAGGUUGACCCUAGCAAACUUAUGAAUGUCACAACGAUGGAUCGAUAUGUGCGAUACCAUGUGAAGGAGUUUGAGAGGAGCUUCUUGAUUAAAUUUCCAGCUUGCUCUGUUGCUGCAAAAAGGCACAUUGAUUCCAGCACAACAAUUCUGGAUGUCCAGGGCGUGGGUUUGAAAAAUUUCAGCAAAACUGCACGUGAAUUAAUUCAGCGACUGCAGAAAAUUGACAAUGAUAACUACCCAGAGACUCUAUACCAAAUGUUUAUUGUCAAUGCUGGUCCGGGUUUCCGGCUACUAUGGAACACUGUGAAGUCCUUUCUUGAUCCCAAAACUACCGCCAAGAUACAUGUUCUUGGGAACAAAUACCAAAGUAAGCUGCUUGAAAUAAUUGACGCCAGUGAAUUGCCGGAAUUCCUUGGUGGCACUUGUACCUGUCCUGAAUACGGAGGCUGCCUUAAGGCUGAAAAGGGACCAUGGAAGGACCCAAACAUACUUAAGAUAGUCCAAAGUGGUGAGGUUCAUUGUGCUCGUCAAAUUGUAACUAUUUCCAAUGGUGAAGAAAAAAUUAUUACUUAUGCCAAACCGAAGCACCAUUCAAUGCGAGGGAGUGACACAUCAACUGCUGAGUCUGGCUCAGAAGCUGACGAUGCUAUCUCCCCCAAAGCUCUCAGAAGUUACAUACAACAUCCUAAGUUGACCCCAGUUCGUGAAGAGGUCAAAAUUGUCAGGGCUACGAGCUUUUCUACUCGUCUCCCUGAAUAUGAUGUACCUGUUGUUGACAAGGCUGUGGAUGCUACAUGGAGAAGAGAGCAGCCACGAAAGAUACCAUUCAUGCCCCAAGAUGCAGACUCUUCUGUGAAAACUAUGUCCAGGCCAUCUGAUUCCUCCUGGGAUAAGAUCGUUGCAACUCUGAUGGCUUGUCUUAUGGCUAUUGUAAUGUUGGUUCGAUCAGUCAAAGAUCUUGUCACAAGGAGAUUGCCAUAUAAAGGCGGGUCAGAAGAAAUCCACUCUACGCUGUACCCAGACCCCAUCCAGAAAGAGGAAUUCCGUCCUCCUUCUCCGAUCCCUGGAUUUGCUGAAGCCGACCUGUUCGCCGUGGUCUUGCAAAGGCUGGGAGAGCUUGAAGAGAAGGUUCAGAUGCUUCAAGAAAAGCCUUCCGAAAUGCCUUGCGAGAAAGAAGAGUUGCUUAACGCCGCUGUGCGUCGUGUCGAUGCAUUGGAAGCCGAACUAAUUGUAACAAAGAAGGCUUUGCACGAGGCUCUUAUCAGGCAAGAGGAACUGCUUGCGUACAUCGACCGCAAAGAGAUUGCCAAGGCUCAGAGAAAGAAGAAAGCAAUGCUUUGCUACUAGGACAAGGAGGGAGAUACUUCUGCUUCCUCAGAGGAGAUGCCAAAGAUGGCGCCUGAGAUGUAACCAGCGAUCCCCUUCAUUUUCCUGACACUUGUGAAUCUUCUACAAGUUUCCGUUGUAAAUCGAGAAUAUUCUGACAUGAAUAAAGUGUUUUUUGGCAUCA